GCUCAGAGACCUAUCAUUCUUUCUACUUUAUCCAAAGCUCAUUGUUUCCAGUAUACAUACAAGAUAAAGAGGGAGGGAACAGAUGAUGUCACAGUUUCACACCCCCCUCCUCUCUGUUUUACUGUCAACCUCCUCCCAUUUCUUCUCCCAACAGAGUAGGUGUGGUGCAUGUACACCUGACCAGUAGCACACAGGCAGCCACUCAGGUGACACAAAAGAAGGAACACUCUCAGGUGCAGAAAUAAAGAGAGAAAAGACAGAGAGAGACAGAGGGGGAAGGAGAGUACAGCAUUUGCAGGAUACAAAGGAGGAGGGGGAAACAGAGGCAAAGAGGCUGUAAACAAAUGAACUGAGGCUGAAGUGAGACACGCUACUGGAUGGACAACUGAAACAGUCAGCUCUGUGUUCCUGGGAUAGAUACUUCACAACAUUGCAACAAUGGCAAGAAAAAAAGCAACGUCACAUGUCAAGACAGACUGACAGAGAAAAACUCACAGAAAAAUACAAGACAAGGGAAGAGUGAUCUAAGAGACCAGGAGUGAAGCAGAAGAAGCUUCACAGAAAAGACUAAACACAUCAGAACACAUUUCAAAGGCCAGUGAAGAUUCCUCGAGCAGCUUCAGAGGUCUUCUCUCCACCUCUACAUCAUGGCCUCAAUGGGGAUGCAGAUGCUGGCCAGCGCCUUGUGCCUCUUGGGUUGGGCAGGGGUCAUCAUCAGCUGCGUACUGCCUAUGUGGCGGGUCACAGCCUUUGUGGGAAGUACCAUUGUCACCUCCCAGACCAUCUGGGAAGGCAUCUGGAUGACCUGCGUGGUCCAGAGCACAGGGCAGAUCCAGUGUAAACCUUAUGAGUCUCUCCUCGCUCUCAGCAAAGACCUGCAGGCUGCCAGGGCUCUCACCGUCCUUGCCAUUACUACGGGUAGCGUGGGCCUCAUUUUGGCCUUCGUUGGAGGAAAGUGCACCCGCUUUUUGGAUGAAGAAGGAGGCGGGGUUAAGGGCAAGGUGGCUAUAGCUGCAGGGGGAGUGUUGAUUGCCACAGGACUGCUGUGUUUGGUUCCUACAUCAUGGGCAGCUGGCGCUGUUGUGAGGACGUUCUACAGUGCCUCCAUUGAUGCUCAGCGGAGGGAGCUUGGAGCCUGUCUCUACAUCGGCUGGGGAGCAUCCAUCCUGCUUAUUCUGGGAGGUGGGUUGUUCAUUAGCUCAGCGUGCCCCCUCAAAGCCCACAACGCAGACAAGAGCCCCUCUGUCCGCUACCUGGUGGUCCGUUCCUCUAAUGGGUCCAGCCAGGCAGGUUCUCAGCGCAGCAGAAUGCCACCAGCAAAUUCUCAGCCUGCCCGAGCGGUGUUUUCCAGAUCUCAAAGCUAUGAGGGGGCAUCAACAAAGUCUCAGCUGUACACAAGGCCACCUUAUGAGGUUGAGUCUGAGCAGAGCUGGAGGCAGGAGUCAGAAAGAUCAUGGGCACCGUCGACAAAGUCUCAGAUGAAAAGACCAGAGUCGACAAAAUCUGAACACAGUGAGGCACCGUCUACAAAGUCUGAACUGAAACGAACAGAAAGGGAAGAGACUUUACCAGUCGAGAGUGAAAAUGAGGAUCCAUCCUCAAAUCCAGCAAGAACAUAUCUGUAAAACGGGUGCGCACACACACACACACACACACACACACACACACACACACACACAUACAAAUGCAACAAGUUAUUUAGAAGUAGUAGGUUACUUUAUGUUUGUUUACUGAUGAAAAGCAGUUUGUGAGGUUGGCAGUGUAGCUGUCUUUAUACACCAUAAUGUUUUCAAAGGAUAGACGAGGAACAAUCUGGACUACAUUCAUCAAUGUGCAGGAGAAUAGUAGUUAUAAUAUAAUAUUUGCACUACAACUGGAACAUAACACCACAUACAGAAACAAACUAAAUCCACGUGCAGUUGAAGUAUACACCUUUUAUCUUCUUUUUUCACUAAAAACAUCUUCAGAUAAACAACAUUCAUUAAUACUGGACAUAAAUUUGGACAUGGUAGGUUUGAUAUGUUAACAGUGACUGGUAUUAACUUUUUCUCACUGUUAUUGCACUAAAUGAAGAUGAAUCCGUCCAAAUGAAGAAUUUUACCUCAGACUUUUGAGCUUGUAUGUUUCUACUGGAUAUACAGCAAUGUGAAUGCAACAUUAGCAAUGAAGCAGUUACAUGUUUUACACCAUUACUUUAAAUUUGUAGCAUUACAAGUUAUAUGCUCAUUUUGAUGAGCUCUGCAGCCAUGAAAAAUCCACGUGUGGCAAAUAAAAGGUGACACUUUUUGUUAACAGGGGUUUCUUUUGACUUUGUUUUUUGUCACCUGUGAAAUGUAAUUUUAUGUCUGAUUUGUAUGGACAGAUAAUACGGAGAUAUUUGUAUAAUAACUUUUGAAUAAAUUACUGUAAUCUGAUCAAA